UGGGAGAACAGCAGGACACACACCCCUGGGAGGAGUGCACAGCUGGAAGUUAGCCUGACUGAGGAAAGGUCUGGACCAAAGGCUGCUUGCUUUCUAAAGUAAAUUCACUCUCACCUUUUGACUUUUGGUCAAGAGUUGCUCUGAGCUGGCUGCAGCCUCUCUCAGCCACAUUUGUAGCAGUGCAGGGAAAAGCAUCAAGAUUGCUCCUGCCUCCAGUAAUAAUGCCAACAGUCGAUGACAUUCUAGAGCACAUAGGAGAAUUUAACUUUUUCCAGAAACAAACAUUUUUCCUCUUAGCUCUGCUCUCUGCAGCGUUCACCCCCAUCUACUUGGGCAUCGUCUUCCUGGGCUUCAUCCCGGACCACCGGUGCCUGAGCCCCGGGGUGGCCGAGCUGAGCCGGCGAUGUGGCUGGAGCCUGGCCGAGGAGCUGAACUACACUGUGCCGGGCCCGGGGCCGGCGGGCGACGCCUUCCCCCGCCAGUGCCGCCGCUACGAGGUGGACUGGAACCAGAGCGCCCUCGGCUGCGAGGACCCGCUGGCCGGCCUGGCCGCCAACAGGAGCCACCUGCCGCUGGGCCCCUGUCAGCACGGCUGGGUGUACGACACGCCCGGCUCCUCCAUCGUGACCGAGUUUAACCUAGUGUGUGCCAACUCCUGGAUGCUGGACCUGUUUCAGUCAGCUGUGAAUUUCGGAUUUUUCAUUGGUUCAAUGAGUAUCGGCUACAUAGCAGACAGAUUUGGCCGUAAGCUCUGCCUCUUGAUUACAAUCCUCAUAAAUGCUACAUCCGGAGUUCUCAUGGCCAUUUCCCCAACCUACACAUGGAUGUUAAUUUUUCGCUUGAUCCAAGGACUGGUCAGCAAGGCAGGCUGGUUAAUAGCCUACAUCCUGAUUACAGAAUUUGUCGGGCUGAGCUAUCGGAGAACAGUGGGCAUUUUUUACCAAGUUGCCUUCACCUUUGGGCUCCUGGCGCUUGCUGGGGUGGCGUACAUGCUUCCUCACUGGAGAUGGCUGCAGUUCACGGUUACUCUGCCCAACUUCUGCUUCUUGUUCUAUUAUUGGUGCAUACCUGAGUCUCCGAGGUGGUUGAUCUCCCAGAACAAAAAUGCUAAAGCCCUGAGGAUCAUUAAGCACAUCGCAAAGAAAAACAGAAAAUCUCUGCCUCCCUCUCUUCAGAGCCUCAGACCUGAUGAGGAAGUUGGGGAGAAGUUGAAUCCUUCAUUUCUGGACUUGGUCAGAACCCCUCAGAUAAGGAAACACACUUUGAUCUUGAUGUACAACUGGUUCACGAGCUCUGUUCUCUACCAGGGCCUCAUCAUGCACAUGGGCCUUGCAGGGAGCAAUAUCUACCUGGAUUUCUUCUACUCUGCCCUGGUUGAGUUCCCAGCUGCCUUCAUCAUCAUCCUCACCAUUGACCGCAUUGGUCGCCGUUAUCCUUGGGCUGCAUCAAAUAUGGUGGCAGGAGCAGCGUGUCUAGCCUCGGUUUUUAUCCCGGCUGAUCUACAAUGGCUAAGAGUUACAGUGGCGUGCUUGGGUAGAAUGGGGAUUACGAUGGCCUAUGAAAUGGUUUGCCUUGUCAACGUGGAACUGUACCCCACGUUCAUCAGGAAUCUUGGUGUCCUCGUCUGCUCCUCCAUGUGUGACAUCGGUGGCAUGGUCACGCCAUUCCUGGUCUACCGACUCACCAAUAUCUGGCAAGAGCUCCCACUGGUGGUCUUUGCCGUGGUUGGCCUGAUCGCUGGAGGACUGGUGCUGUUGCUGCCAGAGACCAAAGGGAAGACUUUGCCUGAGACCAUUGAAGAAGCUGAAAACAUGCAGAGGUAGGGAGUUGACAUUCCU